AAUGUCAGAAAAUAAAAAACGAUGUUCUGUAGCUUAUUCCAUGUGAACACCCAAGCAGCCCUUCCCUGGCUUAAUUUCCUCGCUCUCUCUCUUACUUGUAUAUAAGCUGUGGGUCUACAGACAACCUUUAUUCAUAUCAGAGCUUGUUUUAUCUUUGAGCAAUUUAUCGGGGACACAAAAUCCCAGAUGGGUUUCAGGUGCAAAAGUCUGUUGUGUUUGUUUCUCGUAGUUUUGCUUGUGCUUUUGCAAGUAGCAAGUGCAAGGCAACAUUACUAUAAUGUGACUAGAUUAAGAGGUAGAAAGCAAGUGAGUGGAUGCAAUUUGUUUGAAGGCAAAUGGGUCUUUGAUCCUUCCUAUCCUUUCUAUGACUCUUCAGAAUGUCCCUUCUUAGAUCCUGAAUUUGACUGCCUUAAGUAUGGCAGGCCAGAUGAGCAAUAUCUCAAGUACUCGUGGAAACCUGACGCCUGUAGCUUGCCAAGAUUUGAUGGGAUGAGUUUUCUGGCAAAAUGGAGGGGAAAGAAAAUAAUGUUUGUGGGUGACUCACUGAGUUUGAACAUGUGGGAAUCUCUGGCAUGUAUGAUUCAUGCGUCGGUGCCCAACUCCAAGACCAUAUAUGUGAGCAAGGACCCUUUGUCUUUUGUAAUCUUUGAGGAUUAUGGAGUGACUCUGUAUUUGUAUCGAACACCAUACUUGGUGGAUAUAGUUAGAGAAAAUGUUGGUGCAGUGCUUAAUCUAGGCUCCAUCAAUGGUGGCAACGCAUGGAAAGGGAUGGACUUGCUGAUCUUCAACAGUUGGCACUGGUGGACCCACAAAGGAAAAUCUCAAGCAUGGGAUUACAUUAGAGAUGGGUCUGCAUUAUACAAAGAUAUGGACCGUCUUCAGGCGUUCAACAAAGGGCUUACAACUUGGGGUAACUGGGUUGACAGCAACGUCGAUCCUACCAAGACCAAGGUCUUCUUCCAGGGCAUUUCUCCCACCCACUACGAGGGCAAGGAGUGGAACCAACCAAAAAAGAGCUGUUAUGGAGAACUAGAGCCACUGUCUGGCUCUACAUACCCAGCAGGUGCUCCUCCAGCUGCUGCUAUGGUGAAUAAAGUUUUGGGGAUGAUAAGGAAACCAGUUUAUUUGCUUGAUAUUACAACGCUCUCGCAAUUGAGGAAAGAUGCUCAUCCCUCGACCUAUAGUGGUAAGCAUCAGGGCAACGACUGCAGCCACUGGUGUCUUCCUGGCUUGCCUGAUACCUGGAACCAGCUUCUAUAUGCAGCUCUCGUUAUGUGACACAUUGGGCAACAAAGAAUUUAUCUUUUUUCUUCUUCAUACAACUGUACAUUCAGGAUGGUGCUCCAAAGUUCUCAUCUACUUCUGGUAGGCGAUAAGGAGGGAGCAUAUAACUGUGGGUGACAAUGAGGAAUAAGGGGGCAAGGAUAAAUUGUAAACUGAUUGAUUUUUUAAACCAGCAAUAAUUGUUUCAAAGUGAACAAAAAAAUAGGACAGAUUUUAAUCUUUGAAGAAUCUUGACCCUUGUUGGACAAUGACACCAAAUUUCUAUGGUAAGUUUUGGAGAAAUAAGGUUGGUUUUCCACCAUGCUCAAUAAAUCUCCUUACCUGCAUAAGCUAUGUCUCUAUCACCCACGAACAACAGUUUCACUAUUAAAGAGCAGUUGAAUUAUUAGUAUUCUCCAUUAUUAAUUAGGAAAACAAUGAUCUCAGUCAAAUAAAGACUUGAGGAAAUUAUGUUGAGCAGUAAAUUAUUAUUGUCAGAAAGAUCAGUUUGUACAAAAAGAAUUGUACUUGUUCUUCUGGCAAAAUUAGGAUGUUCGAAAAAUCACCAAUGUCAAAAAAAUUCACAUAGGAUCAGGAAGCAGGAUGCAACGACGGCGGUCGUACAAAUAAUCUCUGCCAAAACAAUCCCAACUUUUAUUUUCGGCAUAGGUGCCCCAAAGGCGGAAGCCCCACCUACUGCCAUGAUCCGAGUACUCCGGCAAAAUAUACCAAUUAAGACAUUCGAAUCAACGUAUAUCAACUCCUCUAAGGUUCAAUUCUAAUUUAAUGAAAUGCAAGAUUUCUUUGACAUGACUGGGUGAGAGAUUCUGUCU